AUGUGUCAUUGGGAUGUUGGCACGCUAAUGGUCCCCUCGGGCGGCACUCUCUUCAAGUAUGGGUCUUUCUGGUCUGAAAAGCAGACCCAAGAACGUAGAAUAGAGACUAAGGUAUGGAAUGAAAGAACGUCCACACUGCGACAUCACUAUCGCAACCUGCCCGAGGCGAUCAGAUCAUAUAACUUGUGUGACUUGCUUGUCAUAGCUGGGCAGGCUAUUGACCUUAGUCGCGUUAAAUGCGCCUAUCAUCUUAGCAGUAUACUGGCAUGCAAACUCAUGAUAGGCACCCACUCAGGAAAUGCGCCUCUGAAUCAAGACAAGCUAUGCCAUGAACCAAUGAGAAACAGGGCGCUUCCCGAGAACAGCGGUCAACACUACUGUUUUCAACGGCACAAGGCUCAUAAUUGGCUAGAGGUCAAUAGAUGUGGAGGCCAAUGUCUUAAGGUGCCCACGUUUGAUGCAAAGGCGGACUGGUUAGACAGAGGGGACACUAGGAGGAGAACGGUGGUGUUUGGAGGCUCAAUUACCUUACCUUACAUUGCCAAUUCUCAAUUGAACCUCUAUAUCGAAAACAAGUGGACUCCAUCAUUCGGAACAGAAUUACCACGCAUAUACCUGCAGCGGUCAUCAUUCAAGAAUAUCUUGGAUAACACUGUUUCUGCAGUAGUGAGGGCCGUGAUCUGUCUUAUCGUUGUUCUCGAUGGCCACAUCCUAACCUUGUCAUCAACGAUUCGCCGAGUAACUACCUUGAUGUUGUGUAUCGAUAUGAUCACGGAGUUUCGGAACGGUUUUCGAAAGUCAAAAGGCGGCGAUAGAACCCGGAUUGAUACUCAAACGGGGUUCUAUUACGCUUCAGCUAUAUGGAUCGCGGUCUUUGAUAAUGACAAUUCUCUUUGGAAUUUCAAAAUCAUCCAAAUUUUGGUGGUUUUGGGCGACAUGUGCCAGCAAAAGAAAACUGGGACCACUCAUGGAGCGUCAAUCAUGGUACUGUUUCUAUUUGUGAACCAUCAUAUACCUUUUCAACUGGAUGAUAUUCCUGGAGACUCAUCCCUUUCGGACCUGCAUCGAAGAGAUGUCUUUCUCGAGUUAUGCAAGUCCAAUAACACAACACAAGAAGCUACUGGUGAAAAGCGUGCAGGCGAGGGCUGGACUCGUUCAGAAAUUACAUCUCUGAUGUCAACAAUUGUAACGCCCCUUGUGGGAACGGCUGUGGGGGCGUUCUGGGGCUCAAUCUUCGCCUUUGCAAGCCCCAAAAUUUUGCAGAAGAUAUGUACAGCGUUGAAAGAUUGGCAGAUGUCUAGACCAGUGACAUCAGGAGCCCGUUGGGCAAUGGACUCCGCGCGACCCAUCAUUCCGUCUAGCCCUUCACAGAUGGAAGCCGGCACUCGGAUAAUAGCCACGCAAAACCUAAUCUCCGAGGGAUCAGAUCAGGGCUUCAAGGAGCCGCACAUUCUUUGGCCGCUGGUGAGCGAGAUUUAUUACAGCUGA